AUGCCGACACUGGAGGAGCGCCUGAAUACUGUUUUGCCUAGCUCAGUGGAGUUCGAGUUGUUGCAUCUAUUGAGCCCGUCAAAAGAAACCCACCCACUGGUGCUAGAAAGCUUCCCCGUACGCGGCAAUCGACGCGUUGUAAAAGCGCAGCACUUUUUCGCUCUAGCUAGUGCGCACAAAAUAUUCUACGCGCUUGAGGUUUAUGUAUACAUUACCCUAGGCUCUGAAUCAUGCGAGAAACUGGUUUUCGUCUCGAAGGCCGAUACCAAUGGGUAUUGUGACCAUGGGCUGUCGAUGAAGGACGUCACUAAAGCGCUUAUUGAGUAUGUGUCAUCUAUAAUUCCUGAUUUCUAUCUUCAACGCGUCAUAGAGCGUCCAGAGAGACGAAAAGUGCAAAUUGAUGCCAUUACGCAGCAAACAACUACAAAAAGAGCGCUUCGCAUUCUGAAAAAUAGGCUGGAAACUGAACACAAAUUCUCAUCACGCUCUAUCCAAGAUGUCUACACCAAGAUUGAGAGACCUUCGUCUCAAUGGAGCUGUAAAAUUUGCUUGUUCACAAGAUCGGAACCACAGUAUCUCUUUGCAGAAUCGUCUCAUAACACAAAGAAACACAUCCUUCCUGGCAACAAGCUGCUGAAAUGGUGGCUUUCUGUUAUCGAUGAUAUUCUCAUCAACAUUUUCAGCCAUGAGACAACCGCCCGCCUUCAAAUUCCGGGUGAAGAAACUUUGGUAACGCAUAAACACAUUCGCAAUCUCAAGAGUAGAAAUUGGCGUGUCGGUGACAUCUUUGAUGGAAGACCGGACGAUCCUGCCGUAUUUAAAAUCCCACUGUUUCCAGAUGAUCCGAAAGGACGCUUUCUUGAGCAAUUGGUGGACGAGGGAAGAGCUAGAAAAGUAUCGCUCUCACAAUUCUGGGUGGAAUUACAGAUACAACAAGAGUUCAGACUCGGAGACACAGUUUCUGUGAUAGGCGUGAGCGGAUCAAUAAAGCCUUCAGCCUGUCAAUCAGUUGCCGAUGACGAAGUCAUACGAACUAAUAGUAGGAAAAUCUUCAACAUGAUAAAAAGCUACAUCACAGGGGAGGAAUAUGACAAUGAAGAGGGACCGCUUGAUGCGUACACGAACGUGAAAGAUUUCUUGCAGCUCAGGCUAGGGCGCUCAACGAUCAGCAUCAGAGGAAGGAAAAAGCUGGAAACCUCUCCAAGGCAUCAAAACUCGGGUAUCCCAUAUAAAACCGACUCAGCUCAAAUUUGCAAGCCUAAGCCUCAAACUUUGAACGCGCAACUUGUUCGUAAGAAAGCCAAGAAAUAG